UGUUGGUUUGGCGAUUUGUUGCGCUCUUGGCUGUUUUAGUCCUGGAAGCGCCUCCUCCACAGUCCUGCAGUCGAGGGACGAUGUUCUCGAUCAGCAUGGCAUUCUUCGGGGUUUGCUAGUUGGGUGCGUUCUCCGGCCAAGCCUCUAAAUGCAUCUUUUCAUGACUGUCGGAUUCCCCUGAAUUCACGCCUUAACGAAAGCUUUCCUGGGAACUACUCAUCUGACAUCACAAUGGCUUCCAACAUAAUUGUGGAACAGCAGUAUUCUCACAAAUUCACGGUGACAGUGGUUGGAGCAGAGCGCGUCACCAAGGGGGCCCUGGGUGACCUGUUGGACACCCCGGAUCCGUAUGUGGAGCUGUUCAUUCCCACCGCGCCAGAGAGCAGGAAGAGAACCAAGCACAUAGACAACGACAUCAACCCGAAAUGGAACGAGACCUUUCACUUCAUCCUGGACCCCAACCAGCACAACGUCCUGGAGCUAACACUGAUGGAUGCCAAUUACGUAAUGGAUGAGACCCUGGGCACCUCAUCCUUCGACAUCACCAAGCUGAAAGUGGGCGAAACAAAGAUGGAGACCUUCCGCAUUGGCAAAACAACCAAAGUGUAUUUAGAGAUGUUACUGGAGAUCUGCACCAAACUGGACCUGCGGUUCAGCCUGGCCCUGUGCGACAAGGAGAUACGCUUCAGACAGACCCGCAGCGAACGGGUCAUGUUGGGCAUCAAGAAGCUGCUGGACAUGGAGAAGCCUCGCUUCCUGCCCAGCGCUCCGGAGGAGGUGCCGGUGAUAGCCAUUGCAGGCUCAGGGGGCGGAUUCCGGGCCAUGGUCGGCUUCUCGGGUGUGAUGAAGGCCCUGUUUGAGUCUGGGGUUCUGGACUGCGCCACGUAUGUCGCCGGGCUGUCCGGGUCCACAUGGUACAUGUCCACUCUAUACUCCCACCCCGACUUUCCGAACAAGGGUCCGGGGGACAUCAACAAGGAGCUGAUGAAGCGAGUGAGCAGUAACCCCCUGAGGCUGUUGCUGCCCCAACACAUCACCAACUACAUCCAGGCCCUGUGGAGUAAAAAAGCUUCAGGGCAGCCGGUUACCUUUACUGACGUUUUUGGUAUGCUCAUAGGAGAAACGCUAGUUCCAGCAAGAAUGGACAUCAAGCUAAGUGACAUCCAGGAGAAGAUCAACCAGGCCCAGAGUCCCCUCCCACUCUUCACGUGUCUGCACGUCAAACCAGAUGUUUCCGAGCUCAUGUUUGCAGACUGGGUGGAGUUCAGCCCGUAUGAAAUCGGGAUGGCCAAGUACGGGACCUUCAUGACGCCUGACUUGUUCGGGAGCAAGUUUUUCAUGGGAACCGUUGUGAAGAAGUACCAGGAGAACCCUAUUCACUUCCUGAUGGGUGUGUGGGGCAGCGCCUUCUCCAUUCUGUUCAACAGAGUGCUGGGAGUCAAAGACACGGCUGGAGGCUCCACCAUGGAAGAGGAGUUAGAGCAAAUCAAACCCCAGCACAUUGUUGGAGAGGACAGUUUGGACAACGAUGACGAGCCACGCAAAGGUGGAACUGAGAACCAGGACGCAGAAGACGAGUUUCACCGCACUGCCCAGGCCAGCUGGGUCCAGCGGAUGUUCACGUCGCUCUUCAGUGAAUCUUCCCUGUUCAACACCCGAGAGGGCCGCGCCGGGAAGGUGCACAAUUUCAUGCUGGGCCUGAACCUAAACACCAGCAUCCCCUUCUCCCCUGGUAACGACGCCCCGUGUCACGUUCCUCCACCUGAGGAGGAGGUGGACGCCGUCACAGAUCCAGAUGAGUUUGAUCGGAUCUACGAGCCUCUGGACGUGAAGAGUAAGAAGAUCCAUGUGGUGGACAGCGGCCUCACCUACAACCUGCCCUACCCUCUCAUUCUGCGGCCACAGCGCACCGUCAACCUCAUCAUCUCCUUCGACUUCUCCGCGCGGCCCAGCGACUCCAGCCCCCCCUUCAAGGAGCUUCUGCUGGCGGAGAAGUGGGCCCGGAUGAACAAGCUCCCGUUCCCCAAGAUCGACCCCAAAGUCUUCGACCGCGAGGGCCUGAAGGAGUGCUACGUCUUCAAGCCCAGAAAGGGGGAGCGGAACUGCCCCACCGUCAUACACUUUGUUCUGGUCAACAUCAACUUCAGGAAAUUCAAGGCACCCGGAGUUCCCAGAGAGAAUGACAAAGAGAAGGACUUUGCAGAUUUUGACAUCUUCGACGACUCAGAGUCCCCGUUCUCCACCUUUAACUUUCAGUACACCAACCAGGCCUACACCCGCCUCCAUGACCUCAUGGAGUUCAACACGCUCAACAACCUGGAGGUGAUAAAGGAAGCCAUCAAGGACUGCAUCGUGGCCCGGAAGGAGAACCCCUUAGGCGUUUGUCGCCCCUUCUCUCUCAGCGAGAUCCCAAGAAAGAAGUCGCUCAAAAAGGAUUCUCUCCCCAAACAGUGGAGUCAACUGGGAAACGACGACAAGUAGCCUGAUCGGCUGGACAUCACGCACUGUUUUUGCUUUCUUUCUUUUCUAAGGUGAAUCAUUUUCUUUUUGGAAAAUGCAAACAAGUUGAUUACUUCUUGAGAUUAUAAUCAGGAGGGGGUGUUAAACCUGGAUGUGAGUGUCUGGGAGGAACUCUGUCGUUUACUGGUGGAAGCCUCAUGAAACUUGCUGCAUUUGCACAGCUGACUGUCGCUUUCCCUGCUGACAGUGAGGACGACCGGAUGCUGGAAAUCAGCAUCUACUAAACUACUAACUCGUUUGUGUCGUUUCCUAAUCGAAUGUCCCAUUCAAAACCGCGGCCUCAUUUCUGCAUUGUCAAGUUUGAACUCCGUUCCCAAAUGAUGUGAAUCUCUCGUGCCUUCACCUCACGCUGCGUUUGCAUCUUCCCUGUGGCUGUCUGGUUCUAAACCUUGGCAGACAUGUGUGUAUGUGUGAGUCUCAUGCACGAAGUGAGAUGAGCUCUUUCCAUCAAAUGUACAACUAUGCAAUUCGCCGUGUUUUUCUUUUUUCUUUUCCAGCCGAAGGCUUGUCUUAACAUGUAAUUCUCUUUCAAAACAUGGAUGAGGAGCUCGUAACCAUUGGCUUUAUUCAAGCCAAGUGCACCCCGUGUGGAGACCUCAAUGAUGUUUACCCACCUACAAGGAAGGGAGUGUCUCCUAUUAAAGCCUCCAUUUUAGAAAAACAAAACUCGCUGCCAUGGAAACAGCCCCACGCUCGGAUCAAGGUGUGUUGACUUUCCAGACCAUGUUGUUUCGGAUUGCCUCUAAGAGGCAAGCGUGGCUUUCCUCAGGCCACUUCCUCCGCCGACCAAAUAAGGGCACUUUAGGACACGCACCUGAGCAAUCAAGUGGCGUUUGAGGAGGGCGGGUGGGCGCCAUCGCCAGGCUCUCUACGGCGCUCGGUGGAAUUUCACACACUACUGUACACCUACACCUGCAGCAGCGGAGGCCUGAAAACGGACACACUACAACUAACACCCGCAGGGCCCUGAAGACUGCACACGGAGCGGUGGAAUUUGACACCCCAGCUCAUCCUCAUCUGGGUGCAGAGACGCGUGACCGACGCGCUGUGAUUUGCUUUUCCUGUGAUCUCGCAGUAGAUUUGUGUGGGGUUUGUUUUAAAUGUCUCUUUCGUGAUGAGAAUAACUCUAUCCCUGUGGAUCAGUUUUAUACAUUAUUAGAGUUGCUUCUUUCUCAUAUUUCUGGACACCAGCUCAGUUUGAGCUCUGUUUUGGUCUCCACCAGCUUCCUUAUCCUCCGUUAUUAUAACACAUCUGUUACAGCUGCUUGAAGCAGGCAAAGCCAACCAGUUGCUGGUUAUAGAUUUAAUGCAACAAAAACAAGCAUUACAUCAUUUUUUGAAUGCUUGAGCUGCAGCAAUUUUCUUUUUGUUACAUAUAUUUUAUGAUAUUGACAAUGUUUACAAGCGUAUAUGAUGUAGUAGGUUCUAGGGAAUCGACAAAUGGACAUAAAUACCUGCUCCCGAAUGGUUUGUACUGUAUUAUAGCAAAGGGAAUCAUUUUUAUGUAAAAAGGUGUCAAUAAAGUAGAGACUUUA